AUGCUCCAAAAUAUAGACGAUAACGUACCUAAUUUAGAAAAUGUUGUUAAUAUGAAUAGCUCUUCAACCGAUGAUACAAUGAGAUUGGCCGCAAUCACAAGGAAAACUGCACCUCCCUUGAAUUUGGAACGUGAACGCCGUAUGGAGGAAUUAUGUUGGAUGCGACAAGGUCAUGGAGAGCAAACACCACAGGGACUUGUAGAUAAUAUGCAUCUCACUAUGAGAAAUAUUCGAGGAUCGGCAUCAUAUUGGCAGAAAUGUUGCUCUGAAUUGAUUGCCAUGGUUAGAACUUUAGGGCCUCCCACAUGGUUUUUAACAUUUUCCUGCAAUGAUUUAAAUUGGCCAGACAUGAUAAAAGCCUUGCUUAUCGCUGAUGGACGUGAUAUCGAUGACGUCGAUCGCCUGUCAUUCCCGGAGCGCUUGAACCUAGUGCAAAAACAUCCGGUAGUGUUAGCACGACAGUUCACAGUACGUGUUAACGCUCUCAUGCGAUUCUUAAAGAGAAAUAAAGAUUGCUUGGGUGGUCUUAUUGAAGAUUUUUGGUACCGAGUGGAGUUUCAAAACCGCGGUAGCCCACAUCUGCAUAUGUUAGUCUGGUGUAGUAAUGUUCCGAAUUUCACCACUCCAGAAGGAGUUGCUGUAAUUGAAAGGGUGGUUUCAUGUUCAUUAACUCCUAAUGACCUUGUGUUGCGCAAAUUAGUUGAGGAUUUACAGAUUCAUAAACACACUGCGACAUGCAAAAAAAAAUCGCCAAACUGA